AUGGCGCGCAAACGUUCGUACAACACCAUGAGGGCGCUGGAGCAGCCAUCUGAGCUCGAGCAAGCGUUUUCCCAAGAGGUUGAGACAAACGAGACAGCACUACCAGCCCCGAGCUUCAGCUUCACUAGCAAUUUCGACUCUAGUCUUGAUAAUUCGGAUAACUCUUCUGAAUCCUCAUCUGAAUCAGAGGAUGAUGGCAGUGGCACGUCAAGUAACGGUUCCAUAACCCUGAAUCAAGGAAAUGGACAGCAAACGGCAACACCUCCUACAACCAUCCCAGCCCCACCCGCAACACUCUCCCGUCUUCCACUCCACAUCCAAACCCAAAUCUGGACGCUCGCCCUCCCCAAACCACGCACCCGCAUCCUCGAACUCCACACCUACAACACAAUCGACCACUUACCUAGACUCAUAUACCACCCACCCCUACCGUCCCUCUUCUCCGUCUGCCGCGCCUCACGCUCCCUCAGUAUCACCCAUGACGGCGGAGAAAUCGUAACCUUCACCACCCCAUCAUCCACGCUACUAUUCCAUUCUUACGGUGAGACAACGGACACCACGACGACCACCGACUCGACAGACCCUAACACAUCACCAUCCCCAUCCUUCUACCUCAAACCCACCCUCACUAUCCUCUUCCUCCCCGCCCGCUUCACAGCUAGCUGCCGAACCCCCGAAACAGCCCGCCUCCGCACCCUAACCACGCUCUUCCAUCCAAACCUACUAUCACGCCUCUCCCGCCUCCUCAUCUCCUUCAGCGGCACCGACAACUUCAGCGCCAUCGGCCCCGUGCUGCGGCCGUACGCGCGACUCGAGACGCUGUAUCUGUGUAUGAAUGACUUGCGGGUUGAUAUGAGGGUGAGGAGGUUGGUGAGGCAGGGGUUUUGGGGCAGAGACCUGUUUGCGGCGAGGAUUGCGAGGGUGCUGAGGGAGACGGAGGACGAGGAGACGGAUGAUGAGAGUGAGGGAGUGGAGGUGGCGAGGGUGAGGGAGGAGGUUAGAGAGAGGAGGAGGGUGGUGGAGGUGGAUUUGUUGUUGGGGUUUUAG